AUGCAAUUUAAGAGUAUUUUAGCUCUAUCUAUGGUGGCUCUUGCAGCUACUGCAGCUCCUGCAGAUGAUUUGGAGGCGAGACAAGCAGGAUCAUGUGCGCCCAACGCUGCAUACUAUUGCUGCGAUGGCUUUAUUCCAUUCAAUUUCCUCUUCAUCCGAGGAAUUGGAGAGGGCCGCUGCGUUAGACGCACCAGUGGUAGCUGUGGCGUCGGCGGAAAACCAGCAACCCCCAUUUGCUGCCCAAACAACGCUGCGUCUGGUCAAAACGUUGUUUGUUUCGCCUGA